GUCCCUCGUGCGAAGCGCAGCAGUCCGGUCCCCCCCAAACCCACCACGUCGAAUGUUGGCGGUGGUCCCAAGGACAUUAUUUCUGACGCCCGCGAUCCCAAAGCCACGACAACGAGCAGGCAUGUCCCCUCGUUCGAUGUCGGAGAGCGGGGACUAGAACCCGCGAACUCCGGGUGAGAGUCAAGCGCUUAAAGAUUGUUAAAAUCAAGAAAGAAAAUACCAAAAAAGUCUUCGUAUCAUUAUGAGAGUAUUAUAAUUUAUCAUUCGUUUUAUUAUUUUAAGAUUUAAAAAAGAUGUAGAAGAAUUAAAAAACUUACUGAAGAAUAAAUAUGCAGACGUCAGAAGAAUUGAAAACCGAAUAUAAGUGGAACAUUAUAUGGACAAAUGUAAUAUUUCUUCUUUAUAUCCAUAUAUGCUGCAUAUAUGGAUUAUUUUUAAGUGUAACCGCACUAAAUUUCUAUACUAUAAUAUUCAUAAUAAUAGCAAUGUAUAUAUCAGGCUUCGGUACGACUGCAGGUGCUCAUAGAUUAUGGUCACAUAAAGCAUACAAAGCUAAAUGGCCGAUGAGACUAAUACUGAUGAUUUGCCAAACAAUGGCGUUUCAAAAUAGCAUUUAUGAUUGGGUAAGAAAUCACCGGAACCAUCACAAGUUCACUGAUACGGAUGCCGAUCCUCAUAACGCUAAAAGAGGAUUUUUCUUCUCUCAUGUUGGUUGGCUUAUGCUAAAAAAGCAUCCCGAUGUUAAAAUAAAAGGUGCUACUAUAGAUAUGAGCGAUCUCAAGAAAGAUUGGUUGGUCGUAUGGCAACGCAGACAUUAUAGAAUUCUUAUGCCAUUGUUUUGUUUCAUCAUUCCUACGUUGAUACCUAUAUAUUUUUGGGGAGAGGGUUUGAGGAACGCUUGGUAUGCCAAUGCUACCAGAUACGUCCUAUCCUUAAACUUUACCUGGCUAGUAAAUUCUGCUGCACAUAUUUGGGGCACAAAACCAUAUGAUAGUGUUAUUUCCUCGACAGAAAUCCCUGUUGUUUCAUUUUUUGCUAUCGGUGAAGGUUGGCAUAAUUAUCAUCACGUUUUUCCUUGGGAUUACAAAGCUGCUGAGUUGGGAAACUACAAAUUGAACUUAACAACGGCAGUUAUCGAUGGUUUUGCUAAAAUCGGUUGGGCUUAUGAUCUCAAGAAAACCUCACAAGAAAUGAUUGAAAAGCGUGCAUGUAGAACGGGAGAUGGUACAAAGUAUCAAAAUAUCAGAGAUUAACACGAGCACAAUCAUAAAAAUUCCAUUUGGGGAUGGGAUGAUCCUGAUAUUAAUACUGAAGAUGUUCAAGACGCAAGAAUAAUAAAUAAUGUCGAAUAUAACGUAUAUAAUAAUAAAUAAUAAUAAUUUAUCUAAUUUAACAUUCAUUUCUUAAACUGAGAAUUUUUAUUUCCUUUGAGAGCACUUUUUUCCUCUUAAUUUAUUAUUACCUUUAUUAUUAUUAUUAUUAUUAUUAUUAUUAUUAUUAACUGGUAUUAGAUACUGAAAGUUCAAACACAAAAUAAUGUACAUGUGUAAAAUAAUGUAGUUUCUUUCUGAUCAAACUUUUUAAUAAGUUGUUUCUUAUCCAUAAUAUCUAAACCGAUAUAUCGCAAUAU